AUUACACACGCCUAAGUAUGAGUAUUAGGACUCAACCAGAAACAGCGAGAAGCGCGCUUUCAACUUCCGCUCGGGUCUUUCUCAUCGCCAUCGCCUCCCAAGUGGCAUCUGUUCAGAGUCCGUCGUUGCUAAUCGGUACCUACUACGAUGUCGGGAGGCAGCAGCGUUUUGGCAUUGAAGGAAGACGACGUCAGGCGUAUGCUGACUGCAAAAACCCACCUGGGAACUAACAACUUGGACUUCCAGAUGAAGGAGUACUGCUUCAAGCGCCGGCCCGAUGGCAUUCAUCUGAUCAACCUGAAGAAGACGUGGGAGAAGCUGCUGCUGGCCGCCCGCGCCAUAGUGGCCAUCGAGAACCCGGCCGAGGUGUGCGCCAUCUCGUCGCGCCCGUACGGACAGCGGGCCGUGCUCAAGUUCGCCUCCUUCACCGGUGCUACACCCAUUGCCGGCCGCUUCACGCCCGGAACAUUCACUAACCAGAUCCAGGCUGCGUUCCGCGAGCCGCGACUGCUGGUCGUGUGCGACCCGCGGGCGGACCACCAGCCCGUCACUGAGGCAUCGUACGUCAACCUGCCCGUCAUUGCGUUCUGCAACACGGACGCGACCCUCCGCUACGUGGACAUCGCCAUCCCCUGCAACAACAAGAGCCAGCACUCGAUCGGGCUGCUGUGGUGGAUGCUGACGCGAGAGGUGCUCCGCAUGCGCGGAUCCAUCCUCCGCGACAUCCCCUGGGAGAUCAUGGUUGACCUGUUCUUCUACCGCGAUCCUGAGGAGACCGAGAAGGAGGAGCAGGCUCAGGCAGUCGUUCCCGAACGGGCCGUCAAAGAGACCGCUGAGUACUCCACCGAACAGUGGGGCGGUGGCGACGUGACUGCGGCCCCUGCUGAGGUCACCGACUGGUCCGCGACCGCCGAAGUGACAAGCUUUGCUGCCGCUGCACCUGCACCCACUGCCGUAGGCGUGGCACCAGUUGCCACAGACGACUGGUCCACUGCUGCCCCGGCCGUCGAGGACUGGUCUGCUACGCCGGCCGCACCGACCACCACCACCACCGAAUGGGGUGCCGGUGCCGACUCCAACUGGGCCUGAGUCUCCUCUGUCCAUCACGAAGACAUUAAAGCUUCCCAUGUGGCUGUACAGUU